AUAGGCUGCGGGGCAGGCUACGCCGCUGUCCCCACUCCACUCAGCUAUUGCUAUCGUUCAUAGCCCAUCAAUCUCUAGAGAUACUAUUGGUUGCAACAAUGGAUCGAGGAGAAAGGCUACAAAACCAUCCUUCUGCAUCAAACAGUGAGCUUCUCAUGGAUCUUAAGGAUAUCAUUAGAGAACACGCCCUUCCAUUCCUUCCUGCUAAAUCACUGUUCAGAUUCAAGGCUGUUUGUCGAGACUGGAAGCUCCAUAUUUCAACACCAUCCUUCCACCAUAAUCAAUCACUUUGUUGCCGUAACAUAUCAGGCCUUUUUUAUCAAACUUCUGAAAAUUGUACUGUCUUCGUUCCAAUUCAUCCAAAAUCUUGUGGUGUACCAGAUCCAUCUUUGAGUUUUCUGCCAGAGCCUGUUGUCAUUAGGGCCUCAUCAAAUGGACUGUUGUGUUGCCAAGGACGAAAUGAAAACGGGUACUACUAUUUGUGCAAUCCAGUUACAAAACAAUGGAAAAAACUUCCAAAACCUACUGCUUGUCAUGGAUCCGAGCCAGCAGUUGUGCUGAUAUUUGAACCGUCACUGCUCAACUUUGUACCUGAGUACAAACUCAUUUGUGCCUUCCCAUCUGCUGGUUUUGAUGGUGCAGCUGAAUUUGAAAUAUACACCUCCAAAAAUAAUACUUGGAAUGUUUCUGGGGAGCUUCGUUUUGGAGUUCCAAAAUAUUCUCUACGGUCUGGUGUUCACGUCAAUGGUGUUGUUUUCUGGCCUGUGAGGACUGGUUGCAUUCUUUCUUUUGAUCUAACCAAGGAUAGUUCACAAUUACUGGACAAAGAAUCUGGUGACGAUGACUGCUUACUGGGAACAUUUGAUGAAAGGCUUUGUAAGGUUUGUUACAGAUUGCUUAACAAUGAAGUGUUUGUCCCUAGUGUCUUGGUUAAUAUCUGCACAAAUACAAUGCCUUUGGUGUGGGAAACUAAAGUGGUGAUUGAUCCUAAAGACACUUAUAUGCCUUUGGAUGACUGUGACACCAAAGCUGUUGCUGUAAACAGAGAUAUUGUGGUGGUUGAGAGUAGGAAGACAUUUUACUCCUAUGAUUUUGAACACAAGGAAACUAAAACACUACUGAGCCCGCCUCAGCCAGCUGAUUCGUAUUAUAUGAGAUCGGUGCCCUAUGUGAAUAGCCUUGUUUCACUCUGAGGUUGUCUCUGUUCACCUCAUGUACUUUCAUAAACUCUCAAGCUCCUAGUUUGAAUCUAGUUAAGGGAAUAAUGUGAUGUUUUUCUAUCAUUUGGGGGAUGAUUUUCUUUUUUUCUUUUA